GCAUUUCGACAUCGCCAUUUUUCUUGUUGUGGUAUCCUCCGAGCAGUUCUACCUCCUUAGCCUCAACAUUCUUGUUUGACUGUGUUUAAUUUUACAGUUUAUUGACGGUUUUCGUGUUUACCGCCUGUUUCAGUGCAUUAUUCUUUACAGCAGGGCUCAGAAACUAAGCCAACGCCGCCAUUAUGGCUCAGUACAAAGGAGCCGCCAGUGAGGCUGGCAGAGCCAUGCAGCUGAUGAAGAAACGAGAGAAGGAGCGAGAGCAGCUCGAGCAGCUCAAGCAGAAGAUUGCAGAGGACAACAUGGUCAAGUCCAACAUUGAUAAGAAAUUCUCAGCCCACUAUGAUGCUGUGGAGGCAGAGCUCAAAUCCAGCACAGUUGGUUUGGUGACACUGAACGAUAUGAAGGCCAAGCAGGAGGCGCUGGUGAAGGAGAGAGAGAAGCAGCUUGCUAAGAAGGAGCAGUCCAAGGAACUCCAGCUAAAGCUUGAGAAGCAGAAAGAGAAGAAGAGAAAGGAGGAACAGAAGAGGAAGAUAGCCAGUUUAUCAUUUAAUCCAGAUGAUGAAGAAGAUGAAGAGGAGAACGAGGAGGAGGAGGAAGAGGAAGAUUAUGGCCCAGUGAAGAAGAAGAAGCAGCUGGGGAAGAACCCAGAUGUGGACACAAGUUUCCUGCCUGACCGAGACAGAGAGGAGGAGGAGAACCGUCUCAGAGAGGAGCUCAGGCAGGAGUGGGAACGCAAGCAGGAGAAGAUCAAGAGUGAGGAGAUUGAAAUCACAUUCAGCUACUGGGAUGGAUCUGGACAUCGUAAGACUGUCAAGAUGAGGAAGGGCAACACCAUCCAGAGCUUCCUACAGAGGGCUCUCGAGGUCCUCAGGAAGGACUUCAGUGAGUUAAGGUCUGCAGGAGUGGAGCAGCUGAUGUACAUCAAGGAAGAUUUGAUAAUCCCACAUCACCACAGUUUUUACGACUUCAUUGUAACAAAAGCUAGAGGAAAAUCGGGUCCUCUCUUCAGUUUUGAUGUCCACGAUGAUAUUCGACUGGUGAACGACGCCACUGUGGAGAAAGAUGAGUCUCACGCAGGCAAAGUGGUUUUGAGGAGCUGGUAUGAGAAGAACAAGCACAUCUUCCCCGCCAGUCGCUGGGAGCCAUACGACCCAGAGAAGAAAUGGGACAAAUAUACGAUCCGGUGAAGUGGUGGUCCUCUCCAGCCUCUGCAGUUCUUAACACAAACCAUUUUAUUCCCUCAUUUUGUUAUUAUUGUAUUAUCAUAACAGGUUUCUUUAAAAAGCAUAGAGUAUAAAUGAUCACCCAAUUCUGUAUUAUACAAGAGCCAACUUCAUUCCAACUGAAUACCCCAAGUUUUAUACUUCCUUUUGAAUUUAUGGUCAAUAGACUUCAUUUGCAAAAAAUAUAAAUCUUUCUGUUGUCUACAGAUGUGCUUCCCACAGGAAGACAACACAUGGGUUAAGAUAAACAUUUGAUUUAAUAUUUUUUUUUUGUGAAAUGUUAGAUCUCCAGAAACGUAUUUGAAUUGCCUUUUGCAAUGUUUGCUGAGUCUUCAACCCUCACUUGUAUGUAAAUAGCUUAUGAACUAUGUCGCAGCAACUCUGUUGAAUAAAAUAAAUCUGGUUAUGAUUUAUUGGACGGA